CUGGGCGGGGGCGGGGAGGGGCUCUCGGAUCCCGGCGUGGCUAUGGCGGCGGCGGUGCUGGGUGCCGUGCGAAAGCAUCUAUCAGAAUUCUCAACUGCUGCGCGGGAGCUCGGCGUGCCCUUCGCCGUGCCGCACCUGGACGGGCCCCCCACUCCGCUCCAGUUCUACCGAGACUGGGUGGGCCCCAACAGACCCUGCAUCAUCCGAAAUGCCCUGCAGCACUGGCCGGCCCUCGGGAAGUGGACCUUCCCCUACCUCAGGGCGGCGGCGGGCGGCACGGAGGUGAGCGUGGCCGUGACCCCGGACGGCUAUGCGGACGCCGUGCGCGGGGACCGCUUCGUGAUGCCGGCCGAGCGCCGGCUGCCUCUGGGCGCCGUGAUUGACGUGCUGGAGGGCCGGGCCCGUCACCCCGGGGUGCUGUACGUGCAGAAGCAGUGCUCCAACCUCUGCCAGGAGCUGCCCGAGCUGCUGCCGGAUGUGGAGCCCCACGUGCCCUGGGCCAGCGAGGCACUGGGGAAGAUGCCUGACGCUGUGAACUUCUGGCUGGGGGAAGAAGCAGCAGUGACGUCUCUACACAAGGAUCACUAUGAGAACCUCUACUGUGUGAUAUCUGGGGAAAAGCACUUUGUCCUGCUCCCGCCCAGUGACCGACCUUUCAUCCCUUACGAAUUGUACACACCAGCAACCUACCAUAUGUCUGAAGAUGGCUCUUUCAAGAUGAUGGAUGAGGAGGCCAUGGAGAAGGUACCUUGGAUCCCUCUAGAUCCCCUGGCUCCAGACCUGGUCCAAUAUCCACUCUACCAGCAGGCCCAGCCCCUGCACUGCACAGUGAAAGCAGGGGAAAUGUUGUACCUGCCAGCUCUCUGGUUUCACCACGUCCGCCAGUCUCAUGGCUGUAUAGCUGUGAAUUUCUGGUAUGACAUGGAAUAUGAUCUCAAGUACAGCUACUACCAGCUUCUGGACUCCCUCUCCACAGCCACAGAUCUUGCUAGGAUGGACCUUCUGAGCUCUGUUGAUGGGUCACUCUAAGCUGGUCCAGAGAUUAGUUUGGUUUUAGAGAAGCCCCUGGAGUUUCAAGACUUUUUCCUGGACCGAUACAAAGUAUGAAUAGGGUUCCAUUUGAGAUAGUUUUGCCAAAGAGGCAUGGCCUUUGGAACCAAGAUUGAGCCAGAGCCAAACUGAUUCAAAUUCAUAAUCCAAUCAGACAUGUGAAAGGACCUGUGGGAAAUUAUUUCGUGUCUGGUGAGGGAUUGGUGGAUGGCUAUGGAUUGAUGGAGAUGUUCGAGGGGCUGGGUAUAGGGGAAGGGGAAAGGAAGUAAUGUUGGGGCCAGAUUUAUGUAUAACAACCUUCCUGCUACUGAGUUUCUCUGUAUGUGAAUGGCAGUAACUCCAGCCCUUUUAACUUACCCUGUGAAGCCCUUAGCUCUCUAUAAGCUGCAGCCUUGUAAUUGGGACUUGUGUGGAUGAGUUCCUAUAAAUGUUAUUAUCGUCACAUGGUCUUCUUUCUUCUCUUUCUUCCUUUCCACCAUAAGCAUAGUGAGACUGGUCUGUAGGACCCUGGGACAUUUGACACUUUGCUAAUGAGAGGUAGGGAAGGAUCGGUACAAAGAAGCAAUCUCAAGUGGGGAAAAAGACAGCUUUCACCCUAGCUCCAUCUUCAGUGAGAAGCUCCUGGGCUCUUGGGCUCAGCUUCUUCUACCAAACUCCAGAGCCACUGCCUAAUCUUCCUCCCAGGUAGCCUGAUGGAGACCCUGCUGUCUGCCUAGGACAUCAUCACCUCAUCUUUUUCUCAAUUCAUCCAGGGUGACAAGAUUGAAGGUCAAAUUUUAUUUAUUUAUUUA